AUGGAGACCGGAAGCGGCCGGGCUGGCCUCUGGCCGUCGGCGCGAGGCCGCAGCGAGGCGCGGGGCUGCCGCCGUGGGGGGCUGGAGAAGCCGCAACGAGGGGCGCUCGGCUGUUGGCGCAGGAGCCGUCAGCCGCGGGGCAACUGGUCCGGGCUGUCCGGCCUCGGGGCUGCGGAGGCAGCCGGUCGCCGGAUGCGAGGCGUGAACGCAAGGGCCGCGCGCGUGUCCCAACCGGAGCCGCCGCGUGCGGAUAUCGCCACCGCCUACCGUGGGCUCGUCGGGUGCAGGGCCCCAGGCCGCUUGAGCGCGGAGGCCGCCGGGAGCCGGGCCCUGGCCGCUGGCUUCACAGGAGCGCCUGCCCGCGCGAGGCCGCGCGAGCGCCGCGUGCGAUCAGGGACGUUGAAGGGCGUGAGGCCGCAGGCGUGGAGGGCGCCGGCCGCGCGCUCAGGGGCACGUGCGUGCCCAGCCAGAGCCGCUCGCCGCGGGCGUGAGGCCGCAUCCGGCCUCUAG